AUGUUAUUGUCGAGUAAAAGUUUAUAUCGUUUUCAUAAACGUACAUGGAAAAGUGAACCAGCAUCAUCACUUGAUAUAUCAGUUUCCACGUCGAAUAUCCCAAUUAACAGCAAUUCAACCAAUCAUCCUCCAUGUAAUAUCAAUAAUAUAUCAAGUUCUUUAUCACAUAUGGUUGAACCAUAUACACCUUCAGCUGGCUGGGGCGUUUAUGGUGAUCAACAAGCAUGGGCUGAUUUACAUCUUCGUUAA